AUGAACAUGGAGAAACAAGAGGUUUUGGAGAAAGAAUCAAAAAGUAAUUUUAAAGUUUCAGGAUGGGGCUACAGACAUCAGCAAUGUUUUAUACUGUUUUGUACUUUAACAGUAGCUUACAGCAUGAGAGCUUGUAUGGGCGUAUCUCUAGUAGCUAUGACAAAAUAUGGAAAAACUGCAGCCAAUGUUAGUGUUGUAUUGGAAUCAGAAGAAUCAGAGAACCAGUUUAAACCAGAAGGAAUUCUGAAUGCUUUGAUGUUGAUACCGCCUUACCCAACAUUCGACUGGGACAAAAAGACACAAGAUGCAGUGAUAGCAUCAUUCUUCUGGGGGUACAUGCUGCUGCAGAUCCCUGGUGGCCAGCUGGCGCACAGGUUCGGAGCCAGGUACCUGUUGACUGGAGCCAUGAUGAUCAAUUGCGUGGCCUCCAUACUGCUACCUCUAGCUGCUUAUUAUGGUGGUUGGAUAAGUACAGCAGUAUGUAGAGUAAUACAAGGUCUGAGCCAAGCCUGCAUAGUACCAGGACUUCAUACAUCAUUAGGAAAAUGGGCGCCUCUACAAGAGAGGGGGAGAAUUGCAGCGUUCGUCUAUGGAGGCCAAGCACUGGGUACAGUUUUCGGACUACCAAUGACGGGUUUUAUAUCUUCAUCUAGUCUCGGCUGGCCUGGCAUAUUCAGAUUCUACGGAAUACUCUCAGGAAUUAUCGGUGUCCUACUGUUCUGGUUAGCCGCUGAUACUCCAGCCAAACAUAAAAAAAUAUCUAUGGCUGAAAGAAAAUAUAUCGAAGAUGAAUUAGGAACAAGAGAUGAAGUCAAAAAAAUGCCAGUGCCUUGGACUAAAAUUCUAAGUCACAAAGGGGUUUAUGCCAUCAUACUUGCUCAUAUUGGAACAACGUGGGGACAACUAGUUCUUUACUCGGAAGUUCCAGCUUAUUUAGACAAAAUUAUGGGAGUUAAUAUAAAAGCGAAUGGUUUGUUAACUGCUUUGCCGUUCUUAGUGAUGUGGUUUACCAACUUCUUUUUUAGCUGGAUGACUGAUAUGCUGAUUGUGAAGAACAUUCUUAGUCCUACAAACACAAGGAAAUUUGCCAAUUCUUUAGGUAAUGUACCAGCAGCUUUGGGACUAAUAGCUCUGGCGUAUGCACCAAAAGACAUGAUAAUUGUAGAAUCGAUAUUGGUUUUCACAUGUGCCUUCAAAAUAUCAGCUCAUCUAGGAUUUCAGAUUAACCACAUCGACAUCUCCCCCAACUUCGCCGGCACUAUGAUGAGUCUUAGCAACUUCACGUCAAACAUCGGAGCGUCCAUCGCUCCUCUCAUUACUGGAUUCAUACUUACUGAUGUUAAUGACGUAUACCUGUGGCGGCAGGUGUUCUUCGUGGCAGCGGGUAUAUACCUCGUGACUAAUCUCAUCUACGUGAUCUUUGCAACUGCUGAGAAGGCGGAGUGGAACGACCCGAAGGGAACACAAGUGAAUGAGGAGGAAGGACAACCUAUGAUGGAGAAGCCCAAAUUACAAGAGACUUAG